AUGUUUAAUGAUUUUGUUAGCAAAAAAAAGAAUACCUUACCAUAAAAUUAGAAGUACAAAGGAUAUAGUUUUUAGCCACUUAAUACGCGAUCGAGAUCUUUUGAUAGAAAUAAAAUAGCUUUUUAUCAUAAUUUGUCAAAAAAGCAAUGCACUCUUAUUACUGAAUCUGAUGCAAGGUAGAAUACUUAGUAAUAAAUUGAUGAAAUAUUUAGUAAAAAGAUUUUGAAGGAUGGAAAAUAGUUAGAAAGUUCAAAUUAUCUUAUUAAUAGCAUGAUCAAAGUUAUUUGUAAGUACAGGAAAUCUAAUUCUAGUGAACAAACGAUAAACAUAAUAGAAAAAGAUGGGUGCAAAUUAGAAUUGUAUGAUUAAAAACUUUUCACAGAGAUACAAUGCGAUUAGAUUUUUAAAGAAAAUCAAACUAAUACAAACAAAGAGAUAUGGUUAUAAAUUAAAUAAGGUAUAGAAGAAUCUAUCUCUAAAAAGUUAAACUACACUCUCAUACUACAUGGAUCCUCUAAAACAGGAAAAAAUACUCUUUUAUUAAAUAAACCCUUGCUCAAUUUACAUAAUUCAACUAUGUAAAUAGAAGAUCAAAUUAUUGAAGAUAGAUCAGGUUUACUUGAACGCACAGUCAAUCAUUUGCUGAUUAACUACGAUAAUUAAUAAUAGUAUGAAAUAUUGGUUAGUGUAAUUGGAUUUUGUGAAGAAAAAGCUAUUGAUUUACUUAACCUUGAGCAAGACAUUUCUGGAAGCUUUUUUACUUUAUUGAAACCCAAAAAAGAAUAAAAAUUACUGAUGAUAGAAAAUUUAAUUUAGAUGGGAAUUAGAAACAUUUCUGAGUAUGUUUCUGUAUUUAUAAUAUCUGAUUUUCUCAAAAAAAGAAUUUUAGAUGAGCUAGGUGUAAAAAUAACUUCUGUCAUCUAUUAAAUCGUAGUAGCAAAAAUGUCUGAAAGUAGAGAGCAGAUCAAUUAAGUGGUCUAAAAAUUUAAUUUUUUAAAGAUUAGCAACUGUCAAUAGACUGCUCUCUCAAGAUCGAAUUUAAAUUACUGCAUAGAAAAAAUUGCUAGCAACUCAAAUUAGUUUAUUCCCUACAAAGACAGUCGAUUGACAGCAUUUCUAGAAGAUACCCUCACCAAGCAAUCUGUUAUACAUCUGAUACCAUGUAUUACUGACUAAUAAAGUGUAAAGCAAUAAUUACCUACAUUUAGUUUAGUGCAUUCAGCAUAAAAAUACACUUAGAUAAGAAAACAUUACAUUCAUGAUCCAGAAAUAGUAGCUAAGGUAUACACUUAAGAUAUCCUUGAAGUUAAAGACAUAGUUUCUCAAUUUGAAAAUGGAUAAAAUAUUAUGGCUCAUAAUUAACAGGCUGAAAAAUCUGAGUAACUACCUUAUUUAGCUAAUAAAGAAGAAGUCAAAAAAUUUUUAGGAGUAGUUAAAAAUAAUAAAUACUUGUAAGAAUAUAAAAGUUCAGCUAUGAUUGAAACAGAAAGUUAUAUUUAAAAGAGAAAUAUAAGAAGCAACAGCUCUUUAGCAGAUAAUAGAGAUGUUUUAAAUAUGACAUCUAUAUCAGCUCUAAAUAAUGAUAAUAAUAACUAUAGAAAACACUUAGGUUAACUAAACUAAAGCUUAAAUAUCUAAAAUAUUCCAUAUUAAUAAACUCUGCUAGACUUUAAAGACUAAUUUAAACCUUUUUCGUUACAAGAGACUGUUAAUGGUUAAGAAAUGAGCAACCCAUAAUAUAAAAAGAGAUUAUCAAGCUGUGAAAGGACAUAACAAAUUUAUAGAAAACAAUACUAUAAAUAAAACAAAAUAUAUUUAGAACCUAUUUCUAAUAUAUCAACUAAAAGAAAUAGUAAAACAAAUGUUUUGAGUAAAUCUAAUAUCUCUCAUUAGGAAGAUAAAAAAAUGACUCAUAACAGUUCAAACGUUUGA